CCGCGGCCCAGGGGCUUCGGGGCACAGCGGAGCGGUAUUACUGCUGCUUUAGGCUGCCGUUGCAAUCCCGGUUUCUGUUAAAAGGAGCACCUUGUGGGCUGUGGGCCCCAUUGGGGUGUGCGGCGGAGCAGGGGAACAGCGAAAGAAACUCGUACGGCCUGUGUCUGGGUCCCUUGUCCUUUGUAGCGGAAGCGCUGGAGCUGGCAGUGGGAGCCCUGGUGAGGGGUGUGAGCCACUGACCAGUCAAGGGCCCUGAAGAGUUGUUUUUAGCACGAUCCUGCGAUCACAAGAUUCCCCAACGGACUCAUGGCCAGAAGGACUUCAUCCCGGAUAACUCUGAAGAGCAAGCGGAGAAGCUGCAGGUGUGUCAAGAGGAACAGUGGCAGCUCCUGUCUGAAGAACGAGUGGAGCGACUAGGGAGCCUGAUAAAAGCAGAAUGGAAACCCCAGGAGGGCAUCGUAGAGCUGAAGUCCAACGCAGGGAAAUUUUGGCACACCAUGGGGCAUGUGGAAGAAGGGAAACAACUGCUCUAUCCGGAGGAAGCACUGUACCUUCUUGAGUGUGGAUCCAUUCAGCUAUAUUACAGAGAUCAGCAACUGUCCAUUCAAGAAGCAUAUGAAGUUUUACUGUCAACAAGAACUAUUCCAUUGGAACAGUACCAGGUUUACAGCCAUUUGAAAAGACUGGGUUAUAUUGUCAUGCGAUUUGAUCCCAGUACAGUUUGUAGUUCUUAUGAGCAAAAGCUACACUUGGAUCCUUCCUGCAGUGACACAGAUACCCAACAUCGCAAGAGGAAGCGAAGUGGCAGCCGUGACAAUGCAAACUUAACUUUGGAACAGAGAUCCAAGAAAAGCCACUCUGACCAACCUGAAGAGGCAGAGUCUGGGCAAAGCAUUGGUGGGGGAGAGGAGCAGUGUAAGCUUCACCAGCAGGAUGCCACAUGCAAGAACCCAGAAAAGGAUGUCAGUAAACCAACACCUGUAUCUCCAGAAAGCAAUAUGAAGCAAUUGCAAGAAAGUAGUGUUGUUGGGUGUUCUGAUGUGAGCGAGCAACAGGCUGAGCUGAAACAAAGGGGUUGGUUUCAGAAUGAGUCCUUAGACUCCACUGUGUCUUCCCCUUGGAGUUUACAAGAGAGAGUUAUCCCUGCUGGGAAGUGCCGGUGGGACUUCACGAAGAUCAGAUUCCCCAACAUCGCGUUUGAUUGUCCAGAGAUUAAGCUGAAUGCACCUGACCAAUCCCUCCUACCACCAAAUGUGGUCGCUCAAGCUUGGAGCUGGAAAAAAUCUCGGAUGUUUAUGGAUUUGUCCCGGCAUAAGAAGAAGAAAAUGAACAAGAACAUGUGCAAAACUGACAUCAAUAAGAACAAGCAGAACAAACAGUAUUCCAACUGGAAGGAAUACAAGGAGAUGCUCAGGAUGAAAAAUGCCCAGGGCAAGAAGUUGCCUGCCCAUCUGUGGAAGGAUAAGAUAGAACCGCUUGUAAAGCCGAACCAAGUCAGCACACUAGGAGAGAUUCAACAAAGUAUCUGCAUCAUGGAGUCUGCACAUAUCUUGGACAAAAUACCUAGGUUGCAAGAAAUCUCUGAAAGCGUCAGGAUUUCCUUUGAUGUGUACCAAGCUGAUACUGUGGCAAAAUUCCGCAAAACCAAUCCUGGGAAACCCUUUUCAAGAAUGUGUGUUUGCAGCUUCGAUGGGCCAGUGCCAGACUUGCGUGUGAUGAAGAAGCUAGCUUUUCAAAGUGGCGAAGUUCCUGUCGUGUUUGCCGUGGUGGAUAAUGGAGAUAUUUCUUUCUACACCUUCAAGGAAUUUAAAUUACCAGUCGAUAUUUCUCAUUGAUUCUGUUGGAAACUUGGAUUGUUUUAUAACACACUCUUGGAGUUUCCUUGUGUCUUUAGAGUUAGGAGGUAUUGCUUAAAUGUCACAGAGAUCUGUUGAUCUGCCAACAACAUGGUGGAGUAGGCUAAUUGGGUAAUAUUGUAGUUGAGGUUGCAACCACUUGUAAAGGAGCUUUCUAAAUAAAAUUUAUUUUUCCGAUUCAGGCAAACAACCUAGAUUGAAUGAAGUACCUUAGUUUUAAAAAGUCUUAAGUUCUCCAUAGUAUUUCUGGUGAAAGAUGCAUAGAAUUAUCCUGAUCAAAAUUCUGUUUGUACCAACAAACAGCCAAUUGAGCUUUGAAGUUGGCUGCCCUGAGAGAAACCAGCAAAAUCUGAGAUUAAAGUGGUUUGUUUUAAAUCAAGGUGUAAUAUUUCUGUAACAGUAUCAGCCUGCUUCAUAUAGUACACUCCAUUAAUCAGGUGUACUCAGAACUUUAUGCAGGCUAAACCAGCAGAUUUGUUACCAGACUAAAAGAUUUAUUGAUACUCCAGUACUCUUCAAAUUCACUUACUAUGCAAUUCAGUUUUUAAACAAAACAACAUUACGUUGUAAAGCAGUACAAGGGAACAUGGAAAAGAGAACAAGGUAAAUAUUAAAGUAGGGCAGCCAACAGAACUAGGUGAAUUUACAGUGAGUGCGUGGGGCUGGAGUGUUGACAUUUUGAAUGGUCAGUUGCAGAUGAGCAGAAUUUUACUCCAUUAGUAUUGACUUCCUUUCUCAUCAAGAAAAAGAUAACCACACUGUGUCAAGUUGCCCUGCAUGUUGCAGGAUUUUCUAAGAAAAAUCGUAGUGAUAUUUUUAUAGCAUUAGCAUAUUUUGGUUUUAGAUUUGGAACGACUUUAAUUACAGGGAACUGAGGGUGGUUUAAUGUUGCAUUAUGUACCCCUUAAAAUGAUACUGCAGGGUUGGACUGGGGAGAAAAAGAUCUUAAGAAUUAGCAGAAUUAGGCCAUUCAGCAUCUCCCAUCCCUCUCAACCCCAUUGUCUUGCCUUCUCUCCAUAAUCUUUAAUGCCCUUUCUAAUCAAGAUAUCCAAUAACUCUGUGGCAAUGAAUUUCAGGAAUUUAUCACCCUUUGGCUCAAUAAAUUGCUCAUCUCUGUUUUAAAGAGAUAUCUUCUCUUCUGGAAGGAAAAAGGAGGCGGGAAUGGUUGGAGAUUUAGCAAUACUUUCGGCCUAAACAAUAAAAUUUCAUAGAUGAGACAUUCUGUUAUUCCAAAACAAAACAAAUAACAAUUGGUACUUGUAGUUUUCAAAAACAAUUUAAAAUAGGAAAAAAACCUGAAGGAAAACAACAAUAAUCACUGCAUUCCCUGAUGCUAGAAAUCCAAAGUAACAUAAAAUGCUGGAGGAACUUGGCAAGUCAGGCAGUAUCUAUGGAAAGGAAUAAACAGCUGAUGUUUUAGGCUGAGACCCUUUAUCAGGUUAAAAACAAUAAUGUAACUUUAUAGUUAUUAGCACUCAGUUUGUUAAAGUCAAGAGGUUUUAUAUUUGUUGAAUGAAUGUUCUUGUAUAACAAUGCAUAUGUCACUGCAAAUUUACACACACUGCAUUCAGAUUGGGAAGAUUGUUUUAUCAGAGUUUUAUCCCUCAAUCUCAUUUUCCUUCAUGAAUUUGUUUCAUUUUUUUUACAUGUUGGUCAUCAGAUUGUUACAAAUUAACAGACCCUUUUCAAAGCUAUUUUCUUUGUAUACUGUGUUUUUGUUAAAAGCCAGAUUUAAUGGUAUGAUGAAUGUAUCGAUAAAUGGUUCUGCAAUAAUACGGGCUUCAGCCCUGAUAAUAGAAGAAUUUUUGUUUGUAAAGAACCAGUAGAUUUCCUCCUCAUCAUUAUUAACAGUGGAAAUUCUCUCUACUGCCAGAGUUGCUCAAUAGAAGCAGCUUGCCCUUGAGUGGAAAUUUUGAAGUCCUACUCUUGGGAAGUAUUUCUAGGCAACAAUCCAGUGUAGUAUUGAGUGAGUGCUGCAAUGUGAGGGGUGUUAGCUUUUGUAUGGGUUGUAAAACCAAAUGAAUGGAGAAUACAAGUAAUCCCAAGGCAUUGGAGAGAAAUCAAUGAACUUCUCAAAACAAUGUCUUGACUAUUAUUACUAAUACAGGCUAUUGCUGCUCAUAAGAAUUUGCUAUGCAAAUUAGGUGUUUGAUGAAAAAUUGUGACUUGAAACACUGACUAUCCUUUUCCCUCCACAGAUGCUGCCUGACCUACUGAGUUCCAGCAUUUGUUUUUGCUCCCGGUUCCAGGGUCUAUAGUUUGCUGCCGAUGAUAAUACCCAAUGGGCUCUAAAUUAUUUGGGUUGGCUGUUUGGUUGAUCACCAAGCUUGACAAAAUGUUUGCAGAUGUUCCAGCUCCAAUUGAGAAGCCAUCAUCAGUGCACAGUUGAGGGUGUUAUUGCCUCAGAAUGCAGGCUGAUAUACUCAGAUCCGAAUGGAUAUUGAUUCGAUAUUGUGAUCUGGUUGGCUGGUUCAAAAUACUGAACAGUAGUUGAAGAUUCAUGAUGUCUAAUCAAUAUCUAUUCAGAUCCUGGGAAGUAUAUAAGCUGGCAUUCUGAAGAGCAAACACUCGCGUCUGUGCUUCUCAAUUGGAGCUGAAACGUCUGCAAACAUUUUGCCACACUGGACAAUCAACCUAACUUCCAAGUAUUAGAAGUUAACAAGUUAGCCCCUCAAGUCUACUUGGCAGUUCGAUUGUGAUUGAUCUUGCCUUGGCUAAAUCUAUCUGGUCUUAGGCAGAUAAAGACUCAAACAUUUUCCAAAGAUUAUUUUAAAAUUUUAUAACUAAGAUUCUUGGACUUUUUUUGUAUCAGUGUUUGAUUCUGGAAUACAGUACAUGAUCCUGAAAUUCAUUUAUUUGUAAAAAUAGAAUUAAAACAAUCUGCAACAUUCUGACAUCUAGUGUGAGGAUCUUAAAGGCAACAGUGAGCAUCUUACUACAAAUGGUUUUGUUACUUGUCUUGAUAAUGCAAAAUAUAUAUAAAGAAAAGUAAAGUUGAAACAUGAACAUCUCUUAUUACAUUCCUUUUUUCAAUAAUGAAUUGAAAUAAAGAUUUCAAAGAAGUACACUUGUACUAAUUUUCAUCAUUAAGGUCUUUAGCAGUCAACAAUCAAAGUCAAGCAGGGGGCAGUUUAAGCAAUGCAAAAAUGGUUAUUUACUACAUUGUUUUUGUGACAGUUGAUUGAUUAGUCUUUGUAUUAGGAAUGAAAAGAAUAACAGCAAAACUUGUUUUGAUUAAUAGAAUUUUACUUAAAACCUGAGGAGGAUGAGGAAAGGAAAAGCUGGUACCUCAGCAGGUGAUGCAGCUCCAGUGAAGAGAGAAUAGAUGUUACUAUUUUGUAUGAGAUUCCUUAUACCAUUUGUUCUGACCGGAUUAUUAGAAUCAGUAUAUACAGUUAACACAGUGGUGAGUGUGAAGCCUGGCUUUGAUACCACCUGGUCUUGCAGGCAUGCUUUUCACUAGUCACCAACUUUCAUCAUUUGCCAUUCUAAACUUUAUAAACUUUGCUUUUUAGAAAUAAACUUGAGUAUUUUUAAAAAGAAUCACAGCGUUUUUGGAAACAUUGCCUAAAUGAAAAAAGGUGACUGCUCCUUUGAACAAGAAAAUCUGCAGAUGCUGGAAAUCCAAGCAAUCCACACAAAAUGCUGAAGGAGCUCAGCAAGCCAAGCAGCAUUUAUGGAAGAGUAAUGAGUCGAUGUUUCAGGCCAAGACUUGUAAUCAGGACUACAGUCUCCCCAUCUUGUCUUUUAUCCUUAUUCCCUUUCUUUUCCUUCAUCUUUCUUACACUUGCCACUGUCAACUCCAGCCCCAUUCAUAAGAUACAGGAGUAGAAUUAAGCUAUUCUGCCCAUUAGGUUUGCUCCACCAUUUGAUCAUGACUUGUGUGUUAUCUCAACCUCAUUCUGCCUUCUCAUAAUCUUUGAUGCCCUCACUAAUUGAGAACAUAUCCACUUUGGCUUUAAAUGUAUGCAAUGACUUGGCCUCCAUGGUCAUCUGUGUAAUGAGUUAAAUAGAUUCACCAUUCUCUGGUGAAAGAAACCCUCCUUGUCACUGCUUUAAAGAGACAUCUGCCUUCCUUCAAAAGAGGAAUAUUGAGGCUGUGCCCUCUGGUCCUAGACUCCAUCACUAUAGGAAACUCCACGACAUUCCAAUACCUUUUAAAGCCUCAGCAUUAUAUCCUUGUUUUUAUAUUAUAGUUCUCUGGAAAUGAAUGCUAUCAUUGCAUUUGUCUUCCUUAUUAUUGACUCAACCUGCAAGUUAACCAUUGGCGAAUCCUGCACAAGGACUCCCAAGUCCCUUUGCACAUCUGAUUUCUCAAUUUGCUUCCUGUUUAGAAAAUAGUCUAUGCCUUUAUUGCUUCUACAAAAGUGCAUGAUCUUCCUUACAUUAUACAUAUUCCACCUGCAACUUCUUUGCCCAUUCUCCUAAUCUGUCAGUCCUUCUGCAGACUGCCUGCUUCCUCAACACUACCUGUCCACCUGUUUCUAUUGUCUGAAAACUUGGUCACAAAGCCAUCAAUUCUGUCAUCCUGAGUAAGCAUUGGCAUCUAAUAUGAAAAGAAAUAGUACCAAUACCAACACUUCCAGAACACCACUAGUCACUGGCAGCUGUUGGAUUUCUGUUUAUUUUUUGACCCUUAAAGUUUUUCCAUGAGGUAAGAAUGGCAAGCAGUCUUAAUUCUUAACGAUAUUUUAUUUUAAAGUACAAACGAAAAUACAGAUUCUAAGCAAACUAAAAUAAAGAGCUGAGAAACAGCUAAGAUGAAUGAAAAGCUAAGAUUAAAGAGAAUAAAGAAGCUAAGAAAUUGCCUCUGAAAAAUCCAUCACUUUUAUAACCAAGAUGAGAAAUCAUUGGUGACACCAUUAAAUCACUUGGGCAAUGUGUUAAUACUCAGCCAAUGAAAAGUGAGAAAGGUGAUAAACUGUUAGUUUAGCUGCAAUACUUGCUUCCAGUAAGUUCGGAUGAACCACCACAUUCUGUGGAA